CUAAUAGUUCUCUUUUUUCUUUUCCUUGAUAGUAAAAAAUCCCUUUGAUGAAACAUUUGGAAAAAUACAAGAAAGUGAAAAAAAUCUUAUGAUGAGCACGUUAUACAAGCUUCAUGACCGAUUGGCACAGCUUGCAGUGACAUUUAUUUCAUAUGCUUUAUCACCCAGAAGACGGUUAGGAAAUCCUGAUGUUGCUAAGACAGGAGAUCAUGAAUGUGGCAGUUCUAGUCAAAGAACACUUUCUGUCCAAGAAGCAGCUGCAUAUUUAAAAGAUUUAGGUCCUGAAUAUGAAGAUAUAUUUAACACCUCAUUGCAGUGGAUUUUAGAAAAUGGGAAAGAUGUUGGAAUAAGGUGUGUUGGUUAUGGGCCCGAGGAAGAGUUGACACAUAUAACUGAUGUGCUGUUUUUACAAUCCACGAGACCGCAGAUGUCUUUCUGGUGUCGUUUUCGACGUGCUUUUAUUACUGUAGCUCACAGGUUGUUAUUGCUGUGCUUAGGUAUAGUGAUGGUUUGUGUCGUUCUGCGUUACAUGAAGUAUCGCUGGACUAAAGAGGAGGAGGAAACAAGGCAGAUGUAUGAUAUGGUGGUGAAGAUCAUAGAUGUUUUACGAAGUCACAAUGAAGCUUGCCAGGAAAAUAAAGACUUACAGCCUUACAUGCCUAUUCCACAUGUGCGAGAUUCCCUAAUACAGCCCCAUGACAGGAAAAAAAUGAAGAAAGUCUGGGACAGAGCUGUUGAUUUCCUUGCUGCUAAUGAAUCUAGAGUGCGCACGGAAACACGAAGAAUAGGUGGUGCAGAUUUUCUAGUUUGGCGAUGGAUCCAGCCUUCUGCAUCCUGUGAUAAAAUAUUAGUAAUACCGUCUAAAGUAUGGCAAGGUCAAGCAUUUCACUUAGACAGAAGAAAUUCACCGCCAAAUAGUUUGACACCAUGUUUAAAGAUUCGAAAUAUGUUUGAUCCAGUUAUGGAAAUAGGGGAUCAGUGGCAUUUGGCAAUUCAAGAAGCAAUUUUAGAAAAAUGCAGUGAUAAUGAUGGCAUUGUUCACAUUGCAGUAGACAAAAAUUCACGAGAGGGCUGUGUAUAUGUUAAAUGUCUGUCUCCAGAAUAUGCUGGAAAGGCUUUUAAGGCAUUGCAUGGCUCUUGGUUUGAUGGGAAAUUGGUUACAGUAAAAUAUUUACGACUAGAUAGAUAUCACCAUCGCUUUCCCCAAGCUCUUACUUGCAACACUCCCUUGAAGCCAUCAAAUAAACAUAUGAACUCUAUGUCUCAUCUUCGCCUUCGGACUGGUCUAGCCAAUUCUCAAGGAGGUUCCUGAAAAGACUUUCUUCACUCCUAGGACUGUUAAAUUUAUAAUAGGAAAAUUCCUUUUUGGCUUCCUGUCUUCCUUUUUAAGUGCUUUUUGUGUGUAAUAUUUUUAUUGAUGAAUACAGCUCUGUUUGAAAGUUCCAGAAAUCUUAAGGUUCCAAAGGGAUUUAGCAGUGAGGUAGCAAUGCUGCAUAGGUAGAAUAAUUGUUUCACUCAGUUUUUGGAGCUCAGUUAAGCCAGUGCAUUUAACGUUUUGCAUGUGGAACACUGACUUUAUUAAGCAUUUUCAGAUAUGGUGGUUAUAUGUGUGCACUAAGAAGUGUUUAGGUAACCACACAAAAGCAUGGUGAGGAGGCUUCUUGUAUUUCCAUAAUUUCUUGUGAACUAAUGUGAAUUUUUGUAUACAGUCACCUGCAUAGUUCCUUACAGGCUAAUGUGGUAAAACUGUUAAUUUCCCAAUUUAACCUUAGGUUUCUAUCACUUGUAAGAGAUUCAUUUGCUACAGCUGGACUAUGAGAAAAUUUAUUUGGUUCUAAUGGUUACAUAUAUGUGUAAGUGGAUGUACAUGUACUUAAACUGGCUUUUGUAUAUAUGUAUAAAUGCUGAUGGUGGUGAAAGUCUUGUUUUGUGAGGAUGUCUGCAUAAGCAGUAAAGUAAGUUUUCUAUUUUAUUCAUAAUCUAAUUUGUGUGUAUAUAUACUUAUGUCUAUAUCUGUGUGUACAUGUAUAUAUGUGUGUGUGUAGGUAUACACAUAUACCCAUACACGUAUAUACAUAUGGCUGUACUAUCAUAGAUCAAACAGCCAAACACCUGGAAGUAUUAGAUACAAGUUUAAAAGAUCUUUUUUAUAGAUUUUAUAUAAAAGUGUCUGAGUAUGGUUUUGUGUGAAAGUUCUGGAUACCAGUUGUAUGGAUUCAAAUUUAUGUGAGCAAUAAAAAAAAAGCAAUUGGCAGAUAUUGUAAACAUAAUUUUGUGAAAAGCUGUAUUUAUUAUAAAUAUGAGGGCUGUGGCAUAGUACUAUUGGGAUUAGGUCAUUUUCCUAGUCUAUUUAUAAUUUAAUGGAAUGUUAGCACCCCAGUUAUAUGGCAAGUAUAAAGCAGGGCACAUUGUUGCAGCAAAACAUAUUAGACAAAUUAUACUUGGAAUUUUAGGUUAUGAAAGUUUGCAAUAUAGUAAAUGCACGAGUGACCAUUGGU